AUGUGUUGCGGCAAGGAUUUUUUCUUUCAUUCACUCCGUCUCAAUUUUGACAUAAUUAAUUUUGGAAUUUCAUCUUUCGUCAAAUUUUAAGAACUCAUUUCAACAGUAGAAAAAAACAAGAUUUGUUUGAAAGUGUUGAAAAAAAGCCCCUAUAAAAUUGUAUGUAAUUUCAUUCAAACAAAUUAUCUUACUUUUUACAUUUGAUCUGUCAAGAUUUUGUCUUUAUGUGAAUGUGUUCGAAAUUUUUAAAUGGUCAGGUCAAAUUCGUCAACGACGACGACAGGCGCCAAAAAUUUCAAAGAUAGCAGUUCUGAUAAUCAAAAUAUAUCAUCAUCGAGCAAAACAAAGAAUGAUGAAUCUAAUAUUAAAACAAAUGGUAAUAAUAAUAACGACAAUAUUAAUAGCAAAAAAUCCGAAAUGGUUGCCCUAACCUCAUCAUCAAAUAAUGGCCAUUCGGCGACAAAAUCAUUAUCAUCAUCAACAAAUGGAACAAUUAAUAAACGGUCAAGCAGUAAUAAAAAUCCUAUCAGUGACAGUCAUAAUAAUACUAUUACGCCGACACCUUCACCUUCACAGACAACAUCAUCAUCUCGAAAUGAUACCGAAGAUGAAGAUACAUCAACAACGACCAAUCAAAACUCAUCAGACAUUUUGCCACAAAUCGGCGAAUAUUUUAUGAUUAAAUCGAAAACCGAUGAUGCUUGGCAUUCAGCGCAAAUAAUCGAAAUCCGUAAACGUGACCAUUAUACAAGAAAAAAAUAUGCCUGCAAUACAAGUGACAACAAUGUCCAAGUUGUUAUGGAUGAUGAUCCAAAUUUUGAUUAUGAAUUUUAUGUCCAUUAUGAUGGUUUCAAUCGACGUUUGGAUGAAUGGGUACCGCGAUCGGCAAUUAAUUUCAAUCAAAAAUGUGUAGUAAAUAAUAACGAAGCAAAAGAUUCGUUUGCCGAUGUUUCAGUUUCAGAUCCGAAUGUGAAAAAAUUAACGAGGAAUCAAAAACGUAAACAUGAUGAAAUUAAUCAUGUUCAGAAAACGUAUGCUGAAAUGGAUCCUACAACGGCUGCACUGGAACGUGAACAUGAAGAGAUUACCAAAGUUAAAUAUAUUGAUCGAAUACAAUUUGGUCGGUAUGAAAUCGAUGCAUGGUAUUUUUCACCAUAUCCAGAAGAAUAUGGAAAGCAAUCAAAGUUAUGGAUCUGUGAAUUCUGUCUUAAGUAUAUGCGAUUUGAAGAAUCGUUUCGUAAACAUCAAUUAGAAUGCCGUGAUCGACAGCCACCCGGAAUCGAAAUUUACCGUAAAGGAACAAUUUCAGUAUAUGAAGUUGAUGGAUAUGGAAAAUCAAAAAUUUAUUGUCAAAAUUUGUGUUUGUUGGCCAAAUUGUUUCUCGAUCAUAAGACUUUGUUUUUCGAUGUCGAGCCAUUUUUAUUUUACGUUCUGACCGAAGUGGAUCAGGAGGGUGCACAUAUAGUUGGAUAUUUUUCAAAAGAAAAAGAAUCUGCUGAAGGCAACAAUCUUGCUUGCAUAUUAACUUUACCACCAUUUCAACGCAAAGGCUAUGGAAGAUUUUUGAUUGCUUUCAGUUACGAAUUAUCCAAAAUAGAAAUGGUACUUGGUUCUCCAGAAAAACCACUAUCCGAUUUGGGAAAAUUAAGCUAUCGCAGUUAUUGGUCAUGGGUUUUGUUGGAGAUUUUGCGUGAUUUCAAGACAAACAUAACGAUUCGUGACUUAUCACAUAUGACAUCAAUCACAAGUACGGACAUAAUUACAACAUUGCAGACAUUGAAUCUAGUUAAAUAUUGGAAAGGUCAACAUGUUAUAUGUGUAACUCCCAAACUAGUUGAAGAACAUCUUAAAAGCGAACAAUUUAAAAAACCACGUUUGAAUGUAGAUGUAUCGGCAUUGCGAUGGAGGCCACCAAAAAGGUUACAAAAAAUCAAUAAAAAAUGAAUUCUAACAAAAAUUAUCAGCAUUGCCAUCGCUAAUCAAUAUGAUUAUUCGAAGAAAA